AUGAUUAAUAAAAAUGUAUUAUUUGAAGAGAAAAUAUCUAGAAUUCGUUCACAAAAUGGCUCUAAAAAUAGACAUCAGAAACUGAUUGCAAAUUUACUGCUUGCAAUAGAAGAUACAUUACGCAAUGAAAAUUCUCAAGGAAAUAUUACAGCGUAUUUUGUAUCUCUUCUGGUACUUUUAGAACAAACUUUACCAAAUACGAAUAAUAGUGAACUUGUUUAUUCAAUAUUUUAUCUCCUUGACUUAGUAAUUCCUUUUAUAAGCAAACCUUUGAUUCGUUCUAAAUAUGCUCAAAUAUCAUCUCUCUUGAGUUCUGCUUUAAGAUAUUCUGGAAUUAGUACGUCUACUUUACGUUUUAUUAUUAGUUGUAUACAAAAUAUUUUAAUUGUUCAAGAAAACUCUACAUGGACAAGUCCUAACAAUAAUAUAAAAUCGAUAUUUAGUUGUUUAUUAAUAUUGGGUUUGGAUUCUAGGCCUAAAAUUAGGAAAAGAGCUCGGGAAGCAAUAAGUAAAAUCUUAACUCAUCCACCUCUAAGUCCAUUAAUAAUACAUCCUAUUCUUGAAUUUUCAUUAAGAGAAACAUUUAAUAUUUUAAAAAAAAGUAUUUUAGAAUUAAAAGAGGGCGUAGAAUGCAAAAAUAAAAAGAAAAUUAAUUAUUCAAAAGCAAUUUAUAGUUUUCAGCUUUUGAAAACUAUUGUAGAUGCAGGUGGAUGUCCAGCAUCGAAAAAUGAACAGCUUUGUUGUGUUUUAACGGAAAUUUUGGAAACUAAGAAUGUUUAUUUGAUUAUGAUAGCCUUUGAUAUAUUUCUCGUUAUAUUUAAAAAAUGUAGUUUUACACCUGAGAAAUUACGUGGUAUUUUGGAGUUAAUGUUAAGAAAAAGGCCUUCUGAAAAAGAUGUUAUAUUGUUGCCUUUAUGGUUUUUUGUCUUAGCUGCUGGACUUGAAUCCUAUUAUCAAUUCGAGCCAUAUGCUACAUUCAAACUUCUUCCUCAAUUGUUUAUGGAUAUAUUUCCUUUUCUUAGGUCUGAUUCUUUUGAAAUUAGGAUUUCUUGUAGUGAAAUUUUAGUAAAAUUAAUUGCAAGCUGUAUUCCUAACGACAUCGGACAAGAUAAUGAAAUAGUAGUCGAAUUAACUAAGAUAACGAUGCAAGGAUUUACAUUAAAUUAUCGAGUAGCAUGGAAAGAAAUAUUUAAAAUAUUAAUAGCUUUUUUUCAACAUCUUCCUUUUUAUAUAGAUCCUUAUUUUAUGGAAGCCAUAAAAUUAAUAGGUGAUAUGCGUGCAAGGGAUGAAUUUAAUGAAAAAAUAGAAGCAGAUAAAGUUAUUGGUUUUGCUGUUAAAGCAAUUGGUCCGAAAGCUAUUUUGGAAAUUUUACCAUUAAAUCUUGAUGAAGAAAGUAAGAAAGUUCCUAAAAGAGAAUGGAUGUUAGCAGUAUUGCGGUCCAGUAUUUAUAAUACGGAAUUGCAACAUUUUAUAUCAGAAUUUAUUCCGCUUUCUGAAAAAUUAUAUCAGAAAUUAUUAGAAAAUAAUGAUUCUGAAGGAGACAAGAAUUUCAAAAUUUAUAUUGAGCAAAUCUGGUCCCUUUUCCCUAGUUAUUGUAAUUUUCCUUUAGAUCUCGAAAUAGCAUUUGAUCAAGACUUUGUCCAGUUAUUGUUAGCAGUAUUUUCCAAUCAGGCGGAUCUUAGAUCAAUAAUUUGUCAAGGAUUACAAAUACUUAUUAAUAAGAAUAAAGACUUAAUUGACAAUGAUUAUUUUGAUCAAGAACUUAAAUGCAAAUUUCCCAUUACAAAAUUAGAUGCUGAAAGAAAUUUAGCUCAUUUACAAAAAUUUAUAUCUGAUAUACUUUCUACACUUUUUAACGUUUAUAGUCAAACACAAUCUCAGUUUAGAGAACAUAUAUUACUAUGUAUAAAAUCAUGGUUAUCUAUUACAAAUAAAGAGGAGAUUAGAAAUAUUUUUAAUAGAAUUAUUGAAUUAUUAUCGCAAACUUUAAAGGAAAAUUCUUUACCAAAUUCUAAUAAAGACCUAGCUUCUAUGUCAUAUACAAUGUUAGAUCUUUUAGCUGUUAUGAUUGUUUAUCUUCCGGAUGAUACAAGCUUACAACUUUAUAAUAUAAUUAACUCUCAAAUUUCAAAUGAAACAGAUCAUAUUCUUCAAAAAAAGGCGUAUAACUUAUUUUCUAAAAUGACUGAAAAUUUAUCUAUUAAAGUAUUUUUGGAAAAUAAUAUAGAGGAAUUACAAAAAUUAUUUCUUGAGAGCGCAACAAAAGCAGAAAGUUCUGUAAAAAAGUAUCGUUUCUAUGCAUUAUAUCAUAUAAUAAAUAUGCUUCCACCUAAGGAUUUGCAUUUUAUAUCAUCGAUAUUACCAGAAGUAAUAAUGGGAACAAAAGAAACAAAUAAAAAGGCCAGAACUAUGGCAUACAAUCUUUUGAUUUUGAUGGGAAAUAGAGUAUUAAAGGAAUGUACUAUUGAAAAUAAUGAAGUAUUGGAGAUGAAUGAUAAUGUAUCUGAUAUUAAAGCUAAUAUCGAGGGGUUUUUUACUAUGGUUUCAAGUGGAUUGCUUGGAAAUUCUCCAUAUAUGAUUAGUGCGACUAUUGUGUCAAUUACUAGACUUUUAUAUGAAUUUAAAGAUGUAUUAAAUUUGAAUUUUAUUUCCAGGUUGUUAGAUACUGUAUAUAUGUUUAUUACUUCAAAUAAUCAUGAGAUUGCAAAAUCUGCUUUGGGAUUUGUUAAAAUGACUAUCAUAUCUCUUCCCGCAAUUAUUAUAGAAGAACGUUUAUCCAUGUUGGUAUCUAAUCUUAUGGUUUGGGUUCAUGAGCAUAAAGUUCAUUUUAAAGUGAAAGUUAAGAAUAUUAUAGAAAGAAUGAUAAGACGUUAUGGAUAUGAAACUAUUGAGAAAGAAGUUCCAAAUGAAGAUAAAAAGUUGAUUAUAAAUAUAAAAAAAACGAAAGAACGUCAUAAAAGAAAGAAAAUAGCUGCAGAAAAUAUAUCUAGGAAUCCUAUGUUAAAUAAUAAGCAUAACAAUUUUAACCAUAAGUAUGAAACAUAUAAAAACGAGGACACUGAUUCUGAUAUUUCUUUUCUCAUUAAUAAUUCUGAUUCUAAAAACAAAGAAAUCUCUAAAAAAGAAACACUUAUUAAAAAGGUUGAUGAUGAAUUAAUUGAUCUCUUGGAUAAAAAUUCCUUAAUUAAUAUUAUAAAUAUGAAUUCUAAAGAUCAGAAAAAGACGGAAAAAAAGAAGCCUAUAUCUAUGCAAUUUAAAGUUGAUAACAAUGGAAAAAUUAUUAUUGAAGAUCUUGAUAAAAAUCUUCAAAAACAAUCUAAUAAAAUACAAUCCAAAAGGAAAAAAGAAAGUGAUGAUGAUAGUACAGACACAGGGAAUAUUGUAAAAAAAAAAUCAUUUUUAAAUAAACAAAAAGCAAAAAGUACUCGAAAUUCUAAACGUGUUAAACGAAAAUUUAUUAAAUAA